GCCAUUAUGGCGAGCAACUCUAUCAAGGUCGUCGCUCGUUUCAGGCCGCAAAACAAAGUCGAACUCGCCAGCGGAGGCACCCCUAUCGUCCAAUUCGAAAGCCCAGACACUUGCAAUGUCCAGUCCAGAGAUGGCGGCGGCGGCUCCUUCACCUUCGAUCGCGUCUUCGACAUGGCCUGUCGCCAGUCCGACGUCUUCGACUUCUCCAUCCGACCCACCGUCGACGACAUUCUCAAUGGUUACAACGGAACUGUCUUCGCAUACGGCCAGACCGGUGCCGGAAAGUCUUAUACCAUGAUGGGCUCUGAUAUUGGCAGCUCCGACCAGAAGGGUGUGAUACCGCGCAUCACCGAGCAGAUCUUCGCUUCCAUCAUGGCCAGCGAGAGCAACAUCGAAUACACAGUGCGAGUCAGCUACAUGGAAAUCUACAUGGAACGCAUCCGCGAUUUGCUCGUCCCGCAGAACGACAAUCUGCCCAUUCACGAGGAGAAGAACCGCGGCGUCUAUGUCAAGGGCCUCAUGGAAGUAUACGUCAGCAGUGUCGACGAAGUUUACCAGAUCCUAGAGCGAGGAGGCAUGUCGCGUGCCGUCGCUGCCACAAACAUGAAUCAGGAGUCGUCUCGCUCCCACUCCAUCUUCGUCAUCACCGUUGGCCAGAAGAACGUCGAGACUGGAAGCGUCAAGUCGGGUCAACUGUUCCUGGUCGAUUUGGCUGGUUCGGAAAAGGUUGGAAAGACUGGAGCCAGUGGUCAAACACUCGAGGAAGCAAAGAAGAUCAACAAGUCGCUGAGUGCUCUGGGCAUGGUCAUCAACGCCUUGACUGACGGCAAAUCCUCUCACGUCCCCUAUCGUGAUUCAAAACUCACCCGUAUCCUACAAGAAUCUCUUGGUGGUAACUCGCGCACAACUCUCAUCAUCAACUGUUCGCCCUCCAGCUACAACGACUCCGAGACUGUGUCAACCCUCCGCUUUGGUAUGCGAGCAAAAUCUAUCAAGAACAAAGCCAAGGUCAACCAGGAACUCUCCCCUGCCGAACUCAAAGCUCUCCUCCGCAAGGCUCAGUCCCAAGUCUCAAGCUUCGAAACCUACAUCUCCAAUCUCGAAUCCGAAGUUGGCUCCUGGCGUAAGGGUCAAUCCGUACCGAAAGAGAAUUGGACUCCUACUCUCAAAGAUGGUCCCGCCAAAUCCUCCACACCCCGUCCCGCUACACCGUCACGUCUAGGUGAUCAGCGAAAAGGUGCAGAGACACCUACCUCAACAAGACCCGACUCGAGAAUGGAUCUUGAGCGAUCCGGUACGCCGACAACAGCCCUGGAGAAGGAUGAAAGAGAAGAGUUUCUGCGACGCGAGAAUGAAUUACAAGAUCAGCUUGCUGAGAAGGAAUCUGUUAUUGCUACAACUGAAAAGGCUCUCCAAGAUACACGACAAGAGCUGCGUGACCUGAGAGAAACACACGGUCGUGUCAACAAGGACAAUGAAAAGCUCGCUGGCGAUGUCGAAGGGCUCAAGAUGCAAGUUGAGCGCAUUACUUUCGAAACAAAGGAAGAGUCCAUCAUGAUGGAUAGUCUCAAGGAGGCCAACAACGACCUGUCGAACGAACUUGAUGAGCUACGCAAGGAGCUGCUCGAGGCCAAGAUGAAUGCCCGCGAAACGUCGGCCGUCAUCGACGAGAAGGAGAAGCUCAAGAAAGAACGCAUGGCCCAGAUGAUGGCUGGCUUUGACCUCGGAGACGAAGUCUUUUCAGAAAACGAACGCAGCGUUCAAGAUGCCAUCAAACAACUUGAUGCUCUUCUAGAGGCUACUUCCAAGGGCGAGUCGCUCAGCACUGAGUCUUUGUCAAAGCUACGAGAGAGAUUGGUCGAGACCCAAGGUGCAAUUCGCCAGGUCGACCAUUCCAGCAAGGGAGGUGCUCUCGAACACAAGUUGUUGACUGUACAACAACAGUACGAGGAUCUAUUGCAAACAAAUCUUUCCGAGGCCGACGUCGAGGAUGUCAAGCGUCGUCUGCAGGAAUCGCUCUCAUCACACACCGAUGGUCAAGCAGGGUCUACAGAACUUACCGCUGCCCUCACUCGUCAGCAACAAGAGAAUACCCGUAUGCGAAACGAAGUCGAGGCAUUGAGGAGGCAAACAGUCAACGGAGCCAAUGGCGCCAAGUCAUUGCAUCAACAAUUGGCAGACUUUGAUGCCAUGAAGAAGUCGCUGAUGCGUGACUUGCAAAACCGCUGCGAGCGCGUGGUUGAGCUCGAGAUCUCACUCGACUCAACGCGAGAACAAUAUAAUAGCGUCCUUCGCUCGGCGAACAGCAAGCAGCAACAGAAGAAGCUGGCCUUCCUCGAACGCAACUUGGAGCAGUUGACCCAAGUCCAAAGGCAGCUAGUCGAGCAAAACGCCCAACUCAAGAAGGAGGUCGCUAUCGCCGAUCGCAAGCUUGCGGCUCGUGGUGAGCGUAUUCAUGGUCUUGAGCAGCUGCUUGGCGAGAGUCAGGAGAAGCUCAUGCAAGCUAAUCAUCGUUUCGAAGCCCAACUCACCGCAGUAAAAGAACGCCUCGAAGCUGCCAAAGUCAGCGCAGCAUCUCGCAACGGCACAAUCACUGGCGGCGGUGGCGCUGCCCCGAAUGGUUUCGGCAGCCAGCUGGGCAGCCGCAUUGCAAAACCGCUUCGCGGCGGCGGUGGUGGAGAAGGUCCCAUGGUACCCACUCUCGCCGGUCUGCAACAACAGCAACAGCAAGAGGGCCCGAAACGCAGCAGCUGGUUCUUCAACCAGAGAACCUGAGAUAUGAUGAAUUGACACUGGCGGUGCUUUUCCUGCUACUUGCAUUCGGACUGUUGGUUUGGUAGAUUGCAUUUGCACUUUUUUCGAGGCUGCUCACGAAUCAAGGGCAUAUAAACGGCGUUUUCUUUUCUCUCUCUCUCUCCUGCAUAUGCUGGACGGGUUUACCUUCAAAGUCGCCUGCCUGCGGGAAGGUAUCAAUCUUCUGAACUCGCGCGAGCAUCUCUAAUAACCUCUCAUCAUGAAAGCAACUCCACAAU